AUACCCUAUGUUUAUGUGCAUGUAUUGUGUAAACUAGUGUACAAUACCACAAUAUGUUUAUUUGUAAAUUUAUAAUUUUGUAUUGACUUUUAAUUUUUGUUUAGUCCUGGGCUGAUAUACGGGAAUUCGUGUAAAAAACUAAUAAGUCUACGUUCUUAAUUGUUUUUUAUUCGUGAUCGUGUAUCGUGAAAAUUGUAUCUUUUAGUAAUAUGUUUCAAUCGUUUUAGUUUCUUAUUUGUAUUUAGUAUAAUAUUCAUCAACAUUUAUUGAAGAGGAUAUCUAAGUAAAAAAAAAAAAAUGGAUUAUAAUAGUAUCGAUGAAGAUGAUGUUGAAAAAUUACGACUAGCUGCGCUUAUGACAUUCAAAAAAAAAUCUAAUUUGCCAAUAAAUGCAAUAAGUAGUACAUCUGGAGAAUUUAAUACAUUUUCAAAUGGUAAUUCCUAUAAUAAUCCUGCAAGGAAUAAUAACAGAGGACGCUUUCCAGCGCCAAAUAGACUAUAUAAUAAACGCACUUAUACUAAUGUUGGUUUUCGAAGACCAACACAUGCAAACAACAAUUUAAUUGCUAUAAUACCAAUGGAUAGUGAAGGUGAUUCAAUAAAUGAUUCAGCAUCCAAGAAUUUACCUAAAAAUAUUAAUUCAAAAGAUACAACUACUUCUGAUACCACCAAAUUAACCAAUUUUCAAAACUUAAAUAAUGAAGUUUCUACAAAAUUUAGCAGAUUAAACAAUGAAUCUGGUUCUGAAGAGAGUGAUGAUAGUGAAGCAGAAGAAGAUGGUAAAGAAGAUUCAGAUGAUGGAGAUGUCUUAUUACUGGGUGAAGAAGAUGAAGAUUUGGACGAUCUUGAUAAAUUAAUGGAUAUUAUGGAAGCUGAAAUUGCUGGUGGAGACGUGAAAUCAAAUAAAAAAGAAAAGAAAAGUGUAAAACAAAAAAAUAAAAAAGAUAAGGGUUCUGUUAAAAAUAAAUUAAAUUCUAAAACUAAAAUAGAUGAACCUCCUAUACUUAUUAAUCAACCCAAGAUUAUUGAAGAUUCAAUACCUCAGCUAAAUCCACCUGAAGAAGAAUUAGAAUCUAUAAAAACUUUAGAAGAAAUAAGAAACGCUUCAUCACAAUCAAGUUUAUUGAAAUCACGUAUACCUUUGAGAUCUCCAUCACCACCUAUUAGAAAAAGAUCAAUAUCUCCUUAUAGUAAACUUCAAAAAAGGUCACCAUUGUCAAGAUCACCACGAAGAAGAUCUCCUUCUCUUGACAGAUAUAGAUAUUCACCAUUACGAUCAAGGCUUUAUCGUAGAUCAUUGUCACCUAGAAGAUCACCUAGACGGAUGUCACCACUAAGAGAAAAAAAUCUUUCACCGAGAAGGUAUUCACCUCUUAAAUCUCGUUAUCCUUAUCGUUCACCAUCUCCAAGAAGAAGACGUAGAUCUUUAUCACGGGAUAUAUCGCCUAGUAGAAGACGGUUAUCACCAUUAAGAAGAAGAAGUAGAUCCCCCCCUAAAAUAAAAUCAAAAUCAAGAUCACCUAAAAUAAGACCAGCUGUUAGAAGAAGAUCACCUAGUCCAUUAAAAAAAGUUAUGAGGUCAAGACCAAUAUCUCCUCUGAAUAUUCGGCGUAAAGAUAGUAAAAAUAUAGAUGACGAUCAUUUAAAGAAAAGAGAAAAGGUUAAAACUAUUGAUAAUCAUGUGGAAUCAAGACUAAUAGAUCCAGUUUUAGAAGCAAGAAAAAGAAAAUUUGAAUCUAAUAAGCCUAUAGAACCAUCCAGUAAAAAAAUUAUUUUAAAAAAAACCAAUUCAGUUCAAGUAGCAAUUCAAACUGAAAGUAAAGAAACUCAAAAUGAAAAGAAAGAAUCAGAAAUAAAACCAAAAACUAGCCAUUUAGCAAAGAAAGUAAAAAAAGCCACACAUUCCUUCCAGGUUCCAAAAAAUAUUAGCAUAAAAAUGAAUAAUGAUUUGGAAAAUGUACAUCUAAGAAGAGUUAUAAAAGUAAAUACUCCUUCAGAAAAAAUUUGUAAUAAAAAGCGACCUAGAAUUGUGUUUGGACAUGAAGAAAAAAAUGAGACACUUGUUGAAGAAGCUGAUAAGUUUGAUCAACAUGUUGAGAAUAUUCCUAAAUCAAAUACCACUGUAACAAAAGUAUUGCAUUCUGAAGCAGUUGAAGUAUCAAGUACAUCAGAAGAAGAAUUAUCAGAAGAAGAAAUAUCUGAGGAAGAAGUAUCAGAAGAAAAUGUAGAUGAAGAAAGUGAAAAAGAAGAUGGACAAGAUUCCAGUGAUAGUUGUGAGGAAUAUAUUGAAGAAGAAGAAGACGAAGAAGAAGAAGAAGAGCUUGAAGAACUUCCACAAGGAGUCAAUGAUAAAAAGGAAUCCUUGCAGCAUAAUGACACAGUUGAUCUUAGAACAGAACUAAAACGAAGAAGAGCUCUUCGAUUAAAUAUGAUUCAAGUGGAAGUUAAAAAAAAACCAGAAUCAUUUUAUCCUGCGCGGUUAUUACAAUCAGCUAUAAGAGGCGUUGUUGGUUCAAGCAGUACUAAUGAAGUUAAAAGAAAAAAACAUUCUAAAAUUCCAGAAAUGAGUAUAAAAACUGAAAAUAAUUCAGAUGGUCGAAGAGUAAUUGUAAUGAACCGAGACAACACAAGGAUUGACAAUGUUCAUGAAGAUUAUAAUGAUGCAGUAGAAUCAUAUGCAAGUGUCAAACGUCUAAAGGGUAAAUUAAAGAAAGCAUCAGUACGUAUGAGGACAACAGGUGUUAACAAUGAUAACACAAAUCAAAAAGGACUAAGGAAGAUCAUAAAGCGUAACAUUAAUGUUACAGAUUUCGAUCAGGUAUUUGAUGUCCUAAUCACAUGCAUUUUUAUCCUCUUGGUUAAUUUAUUAUAUUACCACCAUUUUGUUUCCACUUUACUUUUGUGGUGUUCUCCAAAAUUCAAAUUAAUUGUAGUUUAGUUUAUUCUUUCUGGUUCAUAAUAGAAAUUAAUUCAUUUUUAUUCUUAGAUUUAUAUUAUUUACAUUCCAAUCUUUAAAAAUUAUAAUAUAUUUUAAUUCUUGACGAAUGCAAGGUAUUUAAAUAUUUAUUUUUUAUUGAUAUAAAAAUAUGAAUUUGGGACACUAAUAAGUGUGUUUUAUUUUUUAUUCAGUUAAGAUAAUAAGAUACUGAGAAAUUAUUGUGAUUACCAUUGUGUCAACUUUAUAAUCCAGUAUGAUAUUUAACAUUUUUACCCUUAAAUAUAACAUUACAUAACAUAAAUUAAUUUCAUAAAAUAACAUGUAAAAUUUUUAAUUUAGAAGUGUUAAUUAAAUUGCCUGAUAUACUAUACUUUUUUCUUUUAAUUCCCCAAUAUACCUAUAUCUAUCUAAUCUGAGCAAUUAUGACUUGAAGUAAACAUAUUCACAUGGUUUGUUUAACAGAGUUAUCAUAUUCUAAAAUGUCAAUUAUUAUUGGUAUCUGAUAGAAAACUUCAAAAAAAUUUAAAUGUUAUUGAUUUCCGUUGUGCAUACACCAUGUUUAAUGUUUAUUCAAUGUUAAAGACAAACAAACACUUAUUAAUAAAAAUUAAAUUCUCUCUAGUAUUUUUGGACAAUUUUUUUAUAAUAUUAAGUAUUUUCAAUAGAUUUUUUUCGUAUAAAAUUUUUAUAACUUAUAUUAAUAAUAUAUGUUCACUUGUAUUCAAAUUGUAUGUGAAAUAUUUAAUUAUUUAUAAAUUUAAAAAAAAAAAUAGUUUACUUAGACCUACCAAACUAAAGACUGAUAAUUUAUUUUAUUAUACAUAACAUCAACCAGCUUUUAUUGAUUUAAAGUACUUUUAAUCUUCAAUGUCUUUAAAUUGACAUUAAUUUUUCAUUGUGUGACUAAGAAUUAUGGACUUAAUGAUAAAUAAAAAUUACAUUUUUAAUUUCGUAUAGUCUUAAACUUAUGUAUUAUGUUUUAUAGAUUUCAAGUAUACUAUAUUUUUAUGUUUCAUGUGUUACUUCUAUUUUUAUUUUUAAUAUAUCUUGAGUACAAAAAUAGUAGCACAUAAUUGCAAUAUUACAUUUUUCUUUUACUUAUGCUAGUGUUUUAUUUUACAUGCUAAAGAUUAUUCAAUUAUUUAACUAUUUAGUACUUUUAUAUGAUAGUAUUUAAAUAUUAAUUAUAACUACUUUGACUGGUCUAUUUAUAAUUCUGUUCCUAUAGAUCAUUAACAUUAUUUUAUAUACAUUAUGUUAAUAGUUAUUUAUGGAAAAAAUCCUAUAAAUUAUAUUUACUAUGCUUAGUUUUUAAUAUUUAAUUAUUCUUCCAAAUGUCUUGUUUAAAUAACAAUUUAUUUUUAAGUGAAUAAUGAACAUAAUAUUAUAGUUAUUUAGUUUGUGAUAUUAAAUGUAUAAUGGAACGGAGUGAAUGUUUUAUUUAGUAAAUUUGUUUUCAAUGUAAAAUAAACAAUUUUAAUUAAAAAAUUAGAAAAAUAAUAAUUGCGAAAUAGUCAUAUCAUGUUACUCAAGUGUUGCUUGCUAAGAUUAGAUAAGACCUUAAAAAAUGUAAUUUGAUGAGCAAGUAUUUACAUUUAAUAGUAUAAAUUUAUAAAAUAGAGUGAAACUUCAUAAGAAAUUACUAUUUUAAAGUCCAUAUAACAAACAAAAAACCUACUACUUAGGCAAAUAAAUUAAUAAUAAAUCAUAAAAUAUUCUAAUAAAAUAAAUAUAGUUCAUAUUCUUUUUAUAUCAUAAUAUACAUAUGGUAAACUUCAUUUUAAUUGUCUAAACACUAGCUAGAUUGGUUUCCAUCAUUAACAACAACUGAACUAAACCUGUGUUUCCACUACACUGUGUCAAAAGAUUAGUUGAAAAUACUUUAUUUAGAAUUAAUGAAUUAGCAACAUAAUAAGUACAUAGAACACAAUACGACACAGUAUAGUGUAAACUUGACAUUAUAUUGGCUUGUGUUGUCACCGUUUUGGUAACGCAUAACAUAAAAGAUGUUACAUUUAAAAAAGAUAAUCAAUCUUUAUAAAAGAGUUAAUUAAAAUAUUAUCUAGAGCACCCUAGUUUUUUUAUAUACAUAUAAAUUUCAAAAAUAAAUUAUCAACAAUAAUAUUAAAAAUAACAAGGGUAAAACGGAUUCUUCUAAACUUUAAACUUGCCAUGUGACAAGUUAGAGAUAAUGCUUGUACAAAAAAUGGAAUCUUAAUAAUUAUAAUUGUAUAAUGCAGUAAAAAUUAUUCUUUUAAAAAAGUUGCCCCCAUGCAUUCUUUUGUCCUUAAAAAAUACCAUUUCUUAUACAAUAUGAUUUUUUAAAACUUAUCUCGUUAUUUAAUGACUGUGGACAUUGUUAGCUACCAACUUGAUAUACCGUUUCACCCGUUCACACUAUUACUUUGUUUUUGCAUAUUGUUCUCUUUCUGCUCAUCCUGUAGGGGUCCUAGCUAACCCGAAAAAUAUUGAUUUGUCCAAAUUUCAGCAAAUAAAUAUGUAUGGAUGCAAAAUCAUACUAAAAUCACUCUCAGUUCUUCCUGAAAUGUUCAAUUUUCUAUAUUACUUUUCCAAUAUUUCAUUCCUUAUUACGAACAUUAAAAAAAAAAAACCCAAUCAUUAUAUCUGUUAUCAAGUAAUGCACUUACCAACAAACAACAUUCCAUAUACUAUACUGAUAUAUAUUGAUAGAUAUAUAAUUCUUAAAAAAUAAAAUCACCUAUGUCUUCAAUUUAAUUGAUUAGAUAUUGUAGAAAACAAUCUUAACUCCAAUAAUUUAUUUAUUGCAUAAACUUUGAUUCAUUAAAUAAAUAUUUUAAAUCAUUGGACAUUUUAAAUCAACUUUGUAAUUUUUAAAAUAUUUUUUGAUACAAAAACAAAUAAUAUUAUAUUAUUUAUGGUAUUUUAUAGUGUUGUGUAAUUGGGUUUAUAUCUAUUGUACUAACAUCAAACAAACAAUAUAAAUUUUGUUUUUAUUAUAUACGUGAAAUUAUGUGAUAAUAGUUAAUAACAAAUUAUGUUACUUUUAUAAUUAUACAUAUCUUUUGUAAAUAACUAAAUAUGUAUGUCCAUUUUACAAAACAAAGUCUAUGUAUGUUAAAUAAUAGUUAUUUUAACUUUAAAAUUUAUUUUUAAUACAUAUAUUUUAGAAUUGUUUGUUCUAAGAAUGUCAUAUAUCAUUUAUUACUAUUAAUUGAUUGAUUUCCUGUCAUAAAAAAAUAUUAUAAUUCCAAUUCUAAUUUAAUACCUAUCGGCUAUCAGUUGUAAUAUAAAAUGAAAUGUAAUAUUUUGAAAAACAAUUUAAUUUAUAUUUAUUAUUUAUUAGUCAUAUUAACUUUUAUAAAUGUUAUUAUAUUUUAUUUAAUAUAAGUAAUUACUAUAUUAUAUUUGUUGUGAUUACUUAAGAAUUAUUACAAUUUACUAUAAUAUUAUUAUACCAUUUUCGUUUGCCCUAUUUUUUAUGUUUUAAUAUUAAUUUUCACCAAUUAUUUUUUAAUUAGUAACUCUAGCUUUUAAUUUGUCUUAUGAGAUUUAAGUGUAAAGAUUACAUGUUAAUGUACAUAGAUUACAUGCUGUAAUUGAUCAUUUUAAUAUUUAUUUAGCAAUUAUAUUCUAAUUAAUAGGGCUUACAAAUAUGGAUUAUGUUUUUAUUUUGUAAAACGGACAUUUUGUAAAUUACAAAUUGUAUUGUAGUUAUUUGUAUUUUGUUCACUCCGUUUCGUGAUUGUUAAACCGUUUUCAAAUUUGUAAUGUAUUGAGUAAGUGAUCCGAAUGUUGUCAAUUUUUAACCGAAAUAUGAAUUUUUAUAUUUUGUCACAGAUGUAGGUAUCCAAAAGCAUUUUCUACAACAAAACAACACCAGCGGCAUUUUAUUAUUAUAAAAAAAAAUUAACAUUUUCAACUUGGAUGACUAUCAACUUGUGACCACUUUAAAUGUUUUGUUGUUGCAUAUAAAUGUUUAUAUUAUUAUUAUUAUUAUGUAUACAAUUUUCAUACAUAUUUCGUGUAUUUGUUAUUUUUGUUUGUAAUUAGUUAUUAUAUACCUUUGUAAUUACGUUUACCAACUGUAAACUUGUAAAUUUUUUAAGCAUUUGACAAAUUACAAAUGUUAUUUAAUGUAAUAGAAAAUUAUUGUUUUAUAUUUGAAUUAUAUAUAUAUAAUAUGUAUACACACAUACAUACAUACAUACAUACAUACAUACACGUAGGUGCUUAUUUUUUUAUGCCUAUUUUUGUUUCUUUUUUUAUAGAAUUGUAUGAAUUGUAUUAUUAUGGUAGCCUAAUGCUUUUAAAAUUAAUUCCAAAGCUGUUAAGUAUAAUAGAGUAUAACUUUAAAUGAUUAUUGUCCUUAUUUUCUAGUUUUUUUUUUUUUAAUCAUUGAACAAUGAAUACUUGUAAAUAUACUUGUAAUUAUUAUGUGACCUAAAGAAUCAUUUUAAUUAUUUCAAUAUAAUGCGUGUAAUGAGAUUAUAAGUAAAUGUCUGUGAUUAUUUUUCAUAUAUAGUUGUAAGAAAUUAAUACAUAAAUUAAACAAUUUAUUAUGAUCAUCA